AUGACCUUCUUUGGCUCCUCUGAGAUUGAGCUGGAGAGCUUUAAUGUCCAAGCGUUGGAAUCCAGGCCUAUCAAACGUGCCCGGCUCAGGGAGAGACCAAAGGCUAAAGUGAAAGUGCAGCCAGCUGAGCAUGUGUUCAUCAGAGAGAGAGUCACUCUCACAUGUGACAUAGAAGGUGGAGAUGUCUGGAGUUACGAGUGGUUUAAGAAUAAUAAACGUCUCAGUGAAGCUGAAAGGAGGAAGAAAUAUGAAAUCUCUAAUGUUGAUCAGUCUGAUGAAGGUGAUUAUAGCUGUAAGGGAACAAAGUCAACAGAGCCGCGUUACUCAGAGACCAGUGAUGCUGUUAGACUGACUGUAUCAGUGAGACCCAAACCUAAACUCACAUCAAGCCUUAAAGGAGCUGCACUGACAGGAAACUCAGUGAUUCUGGAGUGCAGGCUGGAUGAAUCUGCUGGGUGGAAGUUUUACCUGUUCAACCACACACAGAAUCCUCAGAAUGAGAUCAGGGCUGAAACUCACUCCUACAUCAUCAGAUCAGUUAGUGUCUCUGAUGAAGGUCAGUACUGGUGCAGAGCUGCGAGAGGAAAUCCAGCCUACUACACGCAGUACAGUGAUGUACUCUGGGUAAACAUCACAGGCAGUCCUAAAGCUGUGGUGUCCAUAAAACCUGAUGAACUCGUGUUUAAAGGAGAGACUGUCACUCUGAGAUGUGACAUACAGUCAGGAGGAGACACUGAGUGGAAAUUCAGCUGGUUUAAGAAUAAUCAACCAUUCAGCACAAACAGAACCACACAGGAGAUCAGUAUCAGCUCAGUUACAGAGUAUUACAGUGAUAAAUACACCUGCAGAGGAGAAAGGAAACGUGACUCUCAGAGCUCAGAGAUCAGUGAUGCUGUUACACUCACUGUGUCUGGUGCAGCCCAGGCAGUACUGAGUGCGUCUCUGCAGAGCUGGCUGACUGAAGGAGACUCAGUGACUCUACACUGUGAGGUUAGAGACUCCUCUACAGGCUGGACGUUCAGCUGGUACAGAGAUGAUGAGGAGCUCCUCUCAGACAGCAGAAGAGAAGCCAGAGGCUCCUUCACUCUCAGUCCUGCUGCUCUGAAUCACUCUGGAGUUUAUAAGUGCAGAGCAAAGAGAGGAGAACCAGCCUUUCACACUGAGAACAGCAACACACAGCCACUGUGGAUCACUGGAACGUCUCCUCCUGUCUCUCUGAUCAUCAGUCCCAGCAGAACUCAACACUUCACUACUGACCGUCUCUCUCUGAGCUGUGAGGGACAGAGUGAGUCUACUGGAUGGAGAGUGAGACGAUACACAAACAGUGGGAAAAUGUCAGAUUGUUUAUCAGACAGAAGAUCAGUUACAGGAUCUACAUGCAACAUCAGCUCCAUCUCCACAUCCCACACUGGAGUUUACUGGUGUCAGUCUGACUCUGGAGGGAGAAGUUCUCCUGUCAACAUCACAGUGCACAAUGGUGAUGUGAUCCUGGAGAGCCCUGUUCAUCCUGUGACUGAUGGAGAUUCUCUGACUCUCUGCUGUUUAUAUCGCUCAAAGCCCUCAAACCUCACAGCUGAUUUCUAUAAAGAUGGAUUAUUCCUUCAGACCCAGACUACAGGAGAGAUGACCAUCAGUUCUGUCUCAAAGUCAGAUGAAGGCCUCUAUUACUGUACACACUCAGAGAAAGGAGAGUCAUCAAAGAGCUGGAUCUCAGUCAGAAUCUCAGGUUUUGGAUCUAGUCACAUAACAGGAGUAGUGGUGGGACUGAGUUUAACCUUUUUGCUCAUUAUCAUACUGAGCCUGUUUUGGUGUUACAAGAAGAUUUUAGACAAAAGUAAUUUAUAUUUGUAA